CACUGCGUCUAACAGGAGGUGCUGCACCUACAUCGAACCAGUACACACAAUGACAACAGCUAGUUACAAGGCCGCAGAGGCCAAUACCAGGCCAUACAACUAUGCCGGACUGUAUCCCGAGGUAGAGCCUUCGGCACCCCCCGCAGACCAGGCUGACAGCUCGCCAGCCUAUCAACCACCCGCCUAUUCAACAGUCACGCCAAAUGAGAACUAUAUGCAACAUCAACAGAGACAAGACCAAUCGUCAUCCUCGUCCCACUACGGCGCCAUCUAUCCACCAGAAGCAACCAGCACAUCGCAACAACCCCAACACACCACCACCGAAAUACCCAAACACACCCCAUACAACCCACGCACACCUAUCAUCACAACAGUCCACAGCACCCGCAUCCAUGAAGACCGCGGCGAAUGCACAGACCUGGGCAACAUCCUGUGGUUUAUAUUUGGUGGAGGUGUUGUGUUCUUUAUUAUUUACGCUCUGAUCGGCGUCCUGCUGUGCCUAACAAUAGUGCUGUUCCCGUUUGGGCUGCAGUUGUUUAAGCUGGCUAAACUCUCGGCCUUUGCCUUCGGAAAGACCAUCAGCCGUCCCGACUACAAGCGAGACUACUGCCGGUGCUGUGCCAAUCUACUGUGGCUCCCUAUAGGUCUGAUCUUGGGAGUGCUGCACAUGACCUUUGCCGUGUCCAUGUUUAUGACCAUCAUCGGUAUUCCGUUCGCUAUUCAACACGUCAAGUUGUGUGCACUCGCAUUGUGGCCAUUCGGUUCUGAUGUUGGAUAUCAGCAGUAUCAUGCCUUAUCGACAGAGACCAGAGUAGAUUACGUAUAGUAUUUCCAAUAAAUAAAUUAUAUGUCUAC